UUAGAAAUAUACAUAUAUUCAAUGUGUUGACUCAGAGGGCUAACUCCUGUUCCGUGUUAUUACACAGCAAUAUUUGGGGUGGCGCGCCUGUCGCCCGUGUGUUUUGCUGCUCGGAGGCUUCUGCACAGAGAUGGCAAGAGAACCCUAGCAGACUGUGGGGCCUAUACGGUUGGGCAUUUUACCGACAACCGUAACGUUAGUGGCGCAGAGACGCAAAGUAGGAAAGGAGCGGAACAACGGACAAGAGGAACCAUGGGACACGGAGUGGGCUGAACCGGAGUUUGUCACUUUAUGAUUCCCACUGUGGUAUAUGACAUGGCCACGGCCUCGGCCUCAUCUAGAGCAGAGUCCAGCCAUAACCACAGAGGAACAUCACAACUCCAUGCCACCGUUUCCUGUGCCAAAAUCAAGAGGAAGAAGAGUCUGUUUGGGACUGCCAUUUAUGUGGAGGUGACAGCAGAGGGGGAGUCGCGCCGCACAGCGAAGUCUCACAGCUCUUCCAGUCCUAAAUGGGAUGAGAGGCUCACUCUGAAUGUAACACCGCACACACAGGUGGAUUUCAAAGUAUGGAGUCACCACACCCUGAAGGCAGACGCUUUGCUGGGCAAAGCCACGCUGGACCUAAUUCAAGCCUUGGAGCAGCAUGACAGGAAAUUGGAGAAUGUGAAGGAGGUGCUGAAACUGAGCGUGGAGCAGAAGGGAGCUCUGGUUCCCACAGGGGAGCUGACCGUCUUCCUAAAUGGCCUGACUGUCACUGACCAGGAGGAACUGGUACCGCUUACCAACGGCAAUGCAGCAAAUGGCACCAGUGAGCUGAAAGUCCAACAGAAUGGUGACGCCAUCCAUGAAAAUGGAGACUCAUCUUCUUCUUCCUCAAUGGCUGCCAACAGCACAGUGAAUGGUACAGACUUGGGCCCACGGUCAAGUUCCUGUUCGGCCUCCAAUGGCGUGGACGGUCAGGUGCCUUCCAGCUCCUGCAGCCCGGCUCUUGGUCACUUCGUCAAUGGAGACGUCACACCCAACUCCACCCCAGUCCACCAACCCUCAGACAGUGACACAGAGAGUAGGACGGUGAAUGGGGAGCCCUGUGAUGCUGCUCUCGGGCCGUCGUCUGCUCCAACAUGUGAUGUGCCGCCCCCUGCAGAUGGCCACGACAACUGCAAUCAAGAUUCCGCCCUGCCAGACCUUGAGACAGCAUCAGCAUCUCAAACCCUGCCAAGCUCCACACAGGCUCCAGUUUCCUCUUCUGCUGCUAAACCUAUUGAUGGCACUGCUGCUGCUUCAACCACAUUCACCCCCCCAGCACAGGGGGACCCCGUCAUCACAACCUCCUCAUCAUCAUCCUCCCCUCCGCCACCUAUUGGAGAAGGGAAUGCCUCAGGAGACGGCGUUGGUAGCAGUAGUAGCAGUGCAACUGUAACUACAGACGGGGCCAAGCCCAGGCAACAGGUCCCCAAUGCUGGAGCCUCAGAUCCUCUCCCUCCGGGGUGGGAGCAGAGGAAAGACCCGCAUGGGAGAACUUAUUAUGUAGACCACAACACCAGAACUACGACCUGGGAAAGACCACAACCUCUACCACCAGGGUGGGAGCGCCGAGUGGAUGACCGGGGCAGGAUCUAUUAUGUGGACCACAACACCCGCACUACCACAUGGCAGCGUCCCACUAUGGAAUCAGUCCGCAAUUUUGAGCAGUGGCAGAGCCAGCGCAGCCAGCUACAGGGAGCUAUGCACCAGUUUAACCAGAGAUACCUCUACUCUGCAUCCAUGAUGUCUGCUGAGAAUGAUCCUCUUGGCCCGCUACCUCCUGGAUGGGAGAGGCGAGUGGACUCCAAUGACCGAGUGUACUUUGUCAACCAUAACACCAAGACAACGCAGUGGGAAGACCCGCGAACCCAAGGGCUACAGAAUGAGGAUCCUCUUCCCGAAGGUUGGGAGAUCCGGUACACAAGGGAAGGGGUUCGCUACUUUGUGGAUCACAACACCCGAACCACCACUUUCAGCGACCCCCGCACUGGAAAGUCCUCUGUCACCAAAGGCCCUCAGAUUGCUUAUGAGCGCAGCUUUCGGUGGAAGCUUGCCCAUUUUCGCUACUUGUGCCAGUCCAAUGCUCUCCCUAGCCAUGUGAAGAUCACCGUCUCCAGACAGACGUUGUUUGAAGACUCUUUCCAGCAAAUUAUGGCCCUGAAGCCUUACGACUUGAGAAGAAGACUCUAUGUUAUCUUCAGAGGCGAGGAGGGUCUAGACUAUGGUGGUUUAGCCAGAGAGUGGUUCUUCUUGUUGUCCCAUGAAGUGCUGAACCCCAUGUACUGUCUGUUUGAGUAUGCCGGCAAGAGCAACUACUGUCUGCAGAUCAACCCGGCCUCUGCUAUCAACCCGGACCACCUCUCCUACUUCUGCUUUAUAGGCCGCUUCAUUGCAAUGGCACUUUUCCACGGCAAGUUUAUUGACACAGGCUUCUCUCUGCCUUUCUACAAACGCAUGCUGAACAAGAAGCUAAUACUUAAAGACCUGGAGUCCAUUGACCCAGAGUUCUACAACUCCCUUAUAUGGAUCAGGGACAACAACAUUGAAGAGUGUGGCCUGGAGAUGUACUUCUCAGUGGACAUGGAGAUCCUGGGGAAGAUCACUUCUCAUGACCUCAAACCUGAUGGCACCAAUGUUCUAGUCACUGAGGAGAACAAAGAGGAGUAUAUCAGUCUGAUGGCAGAGUGGAGGUUCUCCCGCGGGGUUGAAGGUCAGACGAAAGCUUUCCUGGACGGCUUCAACGAGGUGGUUCCACUUCAGUGGCUCCAGUACUUUGAUGAAAAGGAGCUUGAGGUGAUGCUGUGUGGCAUGCAGGAGGUAGACCUUCAGGACUGGCAGAGGAACACGGUAUACCGUCACUACACACGGAACAGCAAACAGAUCAUCUGGUUCUGGCAGCUGGUGAAAGAAGUGGACAACGAAGUGCGAUUGCGGCUCAUGCAGUUUGUCACUGGAACCUGCCGGCUUCCUCUGGGCGGCUUCGCUGAGCUUAUGGGAAGUAACGGGCCCCAGAAGUUCUGCAUUGAGAAGGUGGGGAAGGACACAUGGCUCCCUCGGAGCCACACAUGUUUCAACCGUCUGGACUUGCCUCCUUACAAGAGCUUCGAACAGCUGAAAGAGAAGUUGCUGUUUGCCAUCGAGGAAACAGAAGGAUUUGGCCAAGAAUAGAAGGUCCCCUUGUAUUUCUCUCCCUCCCCCAACGCUGUUUAUUCAGCCAAGUAAACAAACUAAAAAAAGAAUUGCACAAGAUAACCACCAAUGUAUAUAAGCUAUUUUGUCAUUUUAAACCAAAUCUUAAUUUGCAGCAUAAUUUUUGCUGCAAUCCUGUUUCCCAGCCCUUAAAUAUUAUAAGAUACCCCAUCAUGAAAUAUGCAAGCAUUUCAGCAUUUUUGCUCCUCUGUUUAAAAACAGAAAUCAUGGAUUUUUUUGUUUCCUCCCCUCUGCUGACUGGCUUUUUAAAAGAGACUGAAAGUGUUUUUGAGAGGAUUUUAUAGUUGAAGCGCAAUCUUCUUUUAAAGCUCUAGUUCUAUAGAGCUUUCUAAAUGGCAAGAGUAGUAUUGGGGUCUGGUGCCUGAAUUUGUUUUUCCCCCCCGUUGGAACCACAGUAAUUGUUGCAAUUAUUUUUGCGUGCUUGCAUGGCUGCCUCUAAAGAAGAGAAGACUGCUGUGACCGCCCUCUACCACCACCUAUACACACAAAGACAUUUUAGCAUGGACGCUCUGUCUCUUAAUGAGCUUUUUUACCAUUAUCAUCAAAAAGGGCAAAGUGCUCAGUAUGGACAGAUCUGAAGCAGCGAAUAACCCUCUCAUACAACCUUAAUGAGAUUGUGGACACCAGUCCAGAGUAAGAGACAUCAUCGAUCCUCCCUCGGAUGAAGACGGAAAAGGACUCUAUCAUGAAGUUUGUGGAGAAAGGCUACUAUAUCAAAAGGAAUAUUGGGACUGAAGGAAAAUAUUCUAAAUGAAAGUAAAAGAGUGAAUUGUGAGUGUGGUGGCAGUGGGGCCUGUGGUUCAUAGUUCCAGCCACCUACACUGCAGCCCACUGCUUCAGUUCAGUAAGAUUACACACUCAGCUUUCAUUUAAAGAUUAAGCUGUUUGGGAAAUUGUCACAACAAAAGAGACAAAAAAUGGACUGAGUGGGUCGUGUGUGUGCUUGGUGGAUUCUCUUAAACCUCAUUGAAAUUGGAUCUCGGACUGUAAAUGGUCUUCAGUCGUAUGAAGCCACUGACAUGAUUAUUUGAUAACAUUAACUUAAAAGUAUCACAAUAGACAAAUCCCCCUACAGUGCAUCUUUCCAUUAACCUUAUCACCGUAACAUAAUGCAUAUCAAAUAAUAUUUGAAUCAUUAAAAUCUAAGACUGCAUAUGAUAUAUGGCCAUCGAGUGUUGUAACAAGGCCCAAAGGCCAUCUCCUUCAUACGACUGUACAUUCAUACGUGUACUAAAAGAAGCUGUUCUCACUUAACCAACUACAACUGAAGAAUCCGAGCAUUAUUGCAAAAUAAUUAAUUAUUGUGGCAGUAAAUGGUUAAUACGUUUUUGGUCAGUGGUCAUAAAUGAGAUUAUGGACAAAAAUGUCAAAUUUCAUGUCUUGAAUGACUUGAAAACAACAUGUACACAUAUUGCAUGCAGGCAGCACAGAGUGAAAACUGGCCAAUUAAAAUACAAAUUAAAUCACAUUUUUAAGGGCCUGAUGGGUUUACUAUAAAUAUGGGUAUCUAAAAGUAUUAAGUGGGUCAUAAACCUCUUUGGUAUUGUUAGAAAAUACAUAUAGUCAGUGUGUAUCUGCUGUUGAGGCUGCAGCUAAGAUGCACAAAAUGAUCUUCAAGCCAUGCUGAGCCUUCCUCCCUGAGAUCAUACCAUUUAAUUUAUUCAGCCCGUGUUCAUUCUCAUUCUCAGGUUCUGUGCUGAGGUGAGAGAGCCUUAGUUUAAUAAAGAUUUUUGUUUGUGUAAAUCAGUUAAGUUGCAGAAAAGAAAGCAUACUAGUCUUUCACAUACAAAUAAUGAUUAAUGAGACACUAAAGUGCCACAGACCAAAUAAACGUGUGGAAAACGUCCACAUCGCAUCUCCUCAGCAGCCUCGAGGCCUGCUUGGAGAGUGACACAGCAUUGCAGUGCUAUAUGUUGUGUGUUUUUGUUUUUGCACCCCCCACGUUCCCCUUGUCCUUUCUUUCCUUUAAUUCUUCAGGGUACAUGUCCUUUUUGUUUUUCACGUGUAACUCCAUUGUUUCUAAACUCUGGUGCUUAUUCUUUCAGUCAGUGGUCUAAACGCAGCUAUGGCAGCGGCAUGCCAUUUUCCUUGUUUUCUCUCGCAUUGUCUUUUUCAGACCACUGCAAACAGCAGCAAGCUGUCUUUUUAUAGGAGGAGCUUGUGGAUACUCAAGUUAUCAGUCAUGUAUAUAACAUGUAUUCAGCUGUCCCUGUGGAAGAGCUGGAAGGAGGGACGACAGUAUGAAGAAAAACAUUUACUGUAGCAAAAGGAGCCGACUUUCAAGAGAAGUCAAUACUGCAUAACUUUGUGCUUCCUUAAUUUGAACAGAAAUAUGUAAUCGAAGAAAAUCAACUGUGUAUGUGAAUAUUCAUUGUAUAAAGAUAAUGAAAGUAAAUAAAGUACUUAAAUAUUAUAAUUAAUUACACAGAGCCGCCGCUCCAUUGAUGGAAAUCUGUGAUGCCUUUUGUUCUUAUCAGAAAUAGAUGGGACGUUUCAGGUUGCCUUCACUGUAGCCAGUGACGAGAUGAAGCGACACCUGGAGAGCAAAGCUGACCAUGAUACUGAACAUCCUUUCAGUACAUGAUGCAGCAGGGAACUUCUUACUGUGCUGAAUGCAGUUCAGGCCGUCUGAAACACAUCCAAACUGUAACAUAUCGCGUGUAGAUACACACUGUAAACACCAACUACACUGUACAGAAUGCCCCUUUACUGGAGACGAUGUGUAUAGAAGAUUCAUUUUUAAUCUGCUUUCACCCAUUUUAAUGAAGAGAGAUGGAUUUAUGAGAUACAAAUAAAUAAGUGAAUAAACCCCCUCCAUGACCAUGCUUUUCUUUUUUUGUUGUGUGAUUAUCGGGGGACGAGAAUCCUUCUGCUCAGGAUUCACAACAAAACUGUUGGCAAUUUUUAUUCUGUUAAGAAACAAAUAAAACCAUGUGCUCUUGGUUUAUCCUUUGUUUUGAUUGGAUCUUGCCUGUGGAAAUAACCCUAAUUAAAAAAUGUAUCUGACCAUC